CAGGAAAUUGUGUCCCCCCCCCCCCCCCCCCUGUUUUGAGAGCGAUUUCCAUGCCUGGCUUCAGGAAGCAUGGUGAAGCAUACACCCCAUUCAAUAGUGCAUCAAUGGUACUGAAGUAGAAAUGUUCGAGAGCUUCAAAUUCCCGGGUGUAAAUAUCACCAACAAUUUGCUGUGGACCAAUUCAAUUGAGCCGUGACCAAGUAAGCACAUCAACACCUCUGCUUCUUCAGAUGGGAGUUCAGCAUGGCGUCAACAACUCUUACAAACCUGGCUGCCUCAUUGCAUUUGCACAUUUCUCUGUAACAGUACCACUACAAUGAGGUAGGUUGGAAAAUCGAGACUACACCCUAGCUUCAGCAGCCUGAUUACAGCAAGGAAGAUGCUGUUCCUGAAUCUGGUGGCAUGUGCUUUCAAGCUUUUGUGUCUUCUGCCUGAUGGGUGACGGAAGAAGAGGGAAUGACCCGGGUGGAAAUAGCAGAAAUCUCAAUGAAUAAGGCAGUACUUCAUACCCUGAAGGAUAUUAAUAAAACCAAAUGGUUUUUAUGACAACCUGAUAGAUUUGUGGUCAGCAUUACUGUGAUCAGCUGCUUUUUGUGUCAAUUCAAGAUUAUUAAUUGAAAGUCUGGUAUAUAAUUAGAGGGUGGCAAUAGAACACUAGAAGACAUUGAUCGCAGAGAGAAUGGAGAGGGAUAUGGCAGAUGAAGCUUAAUAAAGAGAAAAGAUACACCUUCUCGGAAAGAAAGAAGCAGAAGCAAGAUACUGUAAACUAACAGCACUGUACAUGGAUAGGUAUGUGGGAAGAUUUAGAGGGAUGUGGUUCAAACAUGGGGAAAUGCAACUAGCUUGGAUGGACACCUCAAUUGGAAUGGACAAGGGUGCAAGUGGCCUGUUUCCACUAUGACUAUGACUCUAAGACAGUAUCACAUGGUGCUCAGGAACUAAGGCCAUCCAUAUAUUCAAGGGAAUAAGUCCUUAACGUUGGUUAAGUAUGUUGGUAUCCUGGAGAAACUCAGCGGGUCAGGCAGCAUCUCUGGAGAACAUGGCUAGUGAAGUUUCACAUCGGGACCUUUCUUCAGAAUGAUGACUUGUCUGCAUCCAGUGUUGGGAGACGGGUCUAAGACCAGUCACAGCCAUCCAUUUCAGCCACUUUGUGCCACUGUAAAUCAAGCCCUCUAAUGCUGAUCCCCAGUAUUUUUAUCUUGUCCAGAGAGUUGUAAAGUCCCAAAGCAAAAUCAUAGUCAUAGAGUCUUACAAUGUGGAAACAAGCCCUUCGGCCCAUCUUGCCCACACCGGCCAACAUGUCCCAUCAAUACUAAUCCCACCUGUCUGCGUUUGGCCCAUAUCCCUCUAAAUUUGUCCUAUCCAUCUACCUGUCUAAAUGGGGUUUUUUUUGUAAAGCAGAAUCAGGUCAUUUGGCCCAUCAAGUCUACUCCGCCAUUCAAUCAUGGCUGGUCUAUCUUUCCCUCUCGACCCCAUUCUCCUGCCUUCUCCCAAUAAGACUUUGACACCCUUACUAAUCAUAAACCUAUCAAUCUCCACCUUAAACAUAUCAAUUGACUUGGUCUCCAUAGCCUUCUGUGGCAAUGAGUUCCACAGAUUCACCACCCUCUGACAUGAACAAAUACUGUAACAUGUUCAAGAAGGGACUGCAGAUGCUGGCAACUGCACAGGGUUAGGGUUAGGGAUGGGGAUGAAAUCGAGGGAGCGCGUCUCGAUUGCUAGUUUGAUGCGCCCAGCCGGUUUUAUUGAGUCUUGUUGACGGGGGGAAAGAGGGAAGGACAUACAAUCACAAGGUCCACGGGGAGGGCAGCGGGAUUGUUUACACGGCUCUUAUCAUUGCACGAAGCGCCGUCAUCCGUUUCACUGCUUGCGCUUGGAAAGUCUGUUGGCCGCUUGUUGUUGUUCUUGGCCCCAGAUCUGUGUGAAUUGCCCCUUGGCGCUUACAAUUUAUCUUUGCCAAAAAGCCGUCCUGAAUGAGUCUGGAUAAAGAACGAGGGGACUUCAGCAGCGUUGUGCAAGAUACAACUUUGUUUCCUGAUGCAGAGAACAUUCCUGGCAUCAUGGAAAACUGUAGCACGGACAACACUUCCAAGUCAAGAAUAUGUCUUUCAUAUUCCUCGUUGAAGAGUAAUUCUUCAUGAAUUUUGGAUAUGACGAUGGCAGAAUUUGGCAUCUCACUGGACUCAAUUGGCACCCUCUCUCUGCUUCCAUGUGGCACUCCCUCCCCACUUCCAGGCAUCGCCCUCUCCCCGCACUCACCUCCUUGGCCACUGAACGGGUCGGAAGCUGGAAUAGAUGCCGGCAGCCCAACGAACGUGAGCGCGUGUGGCCAGAUCAAUAUCCCCACUGAGGUCUACCUCUUCCUUGGUGGAGUAAGCUUGAUCGAAAACCUGCUGGUGGUCAUCGCAGUGAUCAAGAACAGGAAGCUACACUCUCCCAUGUACUACUUCAUCUGCAGUCUAGCAGUCUCAGACAUCCUGCUAAGCCUGUCCAUAGCCUGGGAAGCGGUCACAAUUUGGCUGGUAAAGCACAACAAGCAUCUGGUCACAGAGACCACUUUAUUUAAGUUGGACCAAGUACAUGACUCGCUGAUAAGCAUUUCAUUCCUUGCCUCCAUUUUCAAUUUGGCUGCGAUCACAACCGACCGAUACAUCACAAUCUUCCACGCUUUGCGAUACCAUAACAUCAUGAGGAGGAAGCGGGUGAUUUUUACUAUCUCAGGGAUUUGGAUGUUUUGCAUUUUUACUGGCAUCAUCUUGGUCAUUUACAGCAAGGAAAAUGGCAUAGUGGGUUUCUAUAUUAUAUCGUUUCUCAUAACACUAAUUCUCAUCUUGUCCCUCUACAUCUACAUGUUCCUGUUAGCCCAGGUCCAUGCCAAGCAGAUUAGAAUACUUCCCGGUCAAACAGUCCAAAGGCGAAUCAACUUUAAAGCAGCUCUUACAUUAACCGUCCUCCUAGGGGUCUUCAUUGUAUGUUGGGCCCCAUUUUGCUUCCACUUGAUCCUCUAUGUGUUCUGUCCUUCUGACCCAUACUGUACCUGCUUCUUCUCCCUCUUUCAAAUUGACCUCAUCUUUAUCAUGUGUCACUCCGCCAUCGACCCAGUCAUCUAUGCAUUCCGAGACCCUGAAUUGUCCGGUACUUUUAAGAAAAUGCUGUGCUGUCUCAAGAGACAAAGCUACUUCCAUGCAUCAGCCAGUUUCUUGAAUGUGUAGUUGAUUUAUACAGGGAACAGGGUUGAGGCUAUGCUGUCUCCGCUAAUUCAGGAGGACUUGGUGGUAAGAGCCAGGACACAAUGUUUCUGGGACACAGUGAUGUGGGUUUCAGUCCUUCAGAGAUACAAGCACAAAAUCCAUUGUCGAAAUUAAUGACGUGCCAUCUUUCAAAUUAUAUGUUAAACUGUACAGCAUCCUAAAAGCUUUGUACUAUUUACUUUAGUUUAAUUUAGUUUAGUAGUUCAGCGGGGAAACAGACCUUUCAGACCACCGAGUACGCAACGACCAGCGAUCCCCAGUAUAUUGAUGUAUACAAUGUCUUGUCUAUGGUCUUUGUUUGUUCUUUUGCACUAUGUAUUGUUGGUGAGAUUUGUGGUUUGUGAUGUGGUAUGGAUGCACUUUAUUAUGGUGAUCUGUGUUAUUAGUGGUAUGUAACUAAAGCAGUGUACCAUCAUGUACCAAACCCAAAUACCACCAACCCUGGUUGCGUGGCAAAUAAAGAUUCUAUUCUAUUCUAUUCUAUUCCCCGCACAUUAACACUAUCCUACACACACUUGGGACAAUUUUACAUUUAUACAAUGACAUCGCCAACUAGCCUACAAACCUGUACCUCUUUGGAGUGUGGGAGGAAACUGAAGAUCUCGGAGAAAACCCACGCAGAUCACGGGGAGAACGUACAAACUCCGUAUAGACAAGCACCCUUAGUCAGGAUCGAACCCGGGUCUCUGGCGCUGUAAAGCAGCAACUCUACUGCUGUGCCACCAUGCCGACCUAUUCUGCCACAGAUGAAACCAUUUUCAUUUUAAUAAAAGACGCAAAAGAAGUAUUGGAGUAACUCAUCGGGUUGGGCAGCAUCUCUGGAGAACAAGUUACAGGCAACGUUUCAGGUCGGGACCCUUCUUCUGUCUGAAGAAGGUUCUCGACCCGAAACGUCAUUCAUUCCUUCUCUCCAGAGAUGCUGCCUGUCCCGCUGUGAACUCCAGCUUUUUGUGUCUUUCUUCUAGAAAAGGUAGUUGUUGCUCAUC